GUGACUGGAAGAAGAAGAAGCGCGAGGAAAAGGACGGCAAUCGGUUUGUUUACGCGUGAUUUUACUGUGAAAAAGUGAAAAGUUCUGUAUUUAUCACCGAUUUUAAGCUGUACGAGUGUUAAAAGUGAUUCAUCUUGCAAUGCCCGAUAUUGAAGAAAACCCCGCGACGAAACCAGCGGACGAACCGGCGAAGGAAAAGGAUGAUGAAGCACCGCCAACCAAAGCGGACGAAGUGCGUGCGUCAAGAAGCGCUAGCCCGCCAGCAAAUCGCUUGAAAUCGGUCGUCACCCGGCGGAAAGACCCGAUAGAGGAAGGCGAACUGCCCUCUGAUCGGUCCUGCUCUCGGUCACGUUCCCGCUCGUACUCGGAUGUGGACAGAAAGCAAGACUCCCGCAGCAGAAGGCAUGAGCGGCAUCACCGCAGCCGUUCCCGACGGCGAACGCCGUCACGGUCCCGAUCCCGUUCCAGGUCUCGGUCCCGCAGUCGAUCCCGGCGCCGUAGAGGAAACCGACGACGUGGACGGUCUCGUUCCGAUUCACGUGGCCGAUCCUAUUCCCGCUCCCGGUCAAGAUCUCGUUCGCGUGAUCGCCACCGCAGUAGCCGCAGAGACAACGACGCACACAGGCGGCGGGAGGAUGCUGGCAGAGACAAUGAAAAUCGCAACAAACCCGAACGCAAGGAGGAGGGCGAUGAAUCGCUGCUGCGGAAUGAGAAACCUGCCAUCCGCAAAACGGUUGAUUUGCUCACCUCCAAAACGGGAGGAGCGUACAUUCCACCGGCGAAGCUGCGUAUGAUGCAGGCAGAAAUCACGGACAAAUCAUCGGCAGCCUAUCAGCGCAUCUCGUGGGAAGCGUUGAAAAAGUCCAUCCACGGCUUCAUCAACAAGGUGAACGUGGACAACAUUGGCGUGAUCACGCGCGAGCUGCUGCGCGAAAACAUAAUCCGUGGCCGCGGGUUGCUGUGUCGCUCGAUCGUCCAAGCGCAAGCUGCUUCGCCGACCUUCACGCACGUGUACGCUGCACUGGUAGCCAUCAUAAACUCCAAGUUUCCAAACAUCGGCGAGCUGCUGCUGCAUCGACUGGUCAUCCAGUUCAAGCGUGGCUUCCGGCGCAACGACAAGUCCAUCUGUCUGUCGGCAUCGCGCUUUGUGGCGCACCUGGUCAACCAGCGCGUGGCUCACGAGAUUCUGGCGCUCGAGAUUUUAACGCUGCUGGUGGAAAAUCCUACCGACGAUUCGGUGGAGGUUGCGAUCGCGUUCCUGAAGGAGGUUGGCCAAAAGCUGACGGAAGUGUCGGGGAAAGGCAUCAAUGCGAUUUUCGAAAUGCUCAAAAACAUCCUGCACGAGGGCAAACUGGACAAACGCGUGCAGUACAUGAUCGAAGUGGUGUUUCAAAUUCGUAAGGAUGGGUUCAAAGACCACGUCGCUGUCAUCGAUGCGCUGGAACUGGUGGAGGAAGACGAUCAGUUCACUCAUCUGAUCAUGCUGGACGAAGCAACCGACACGCAGGACAUACUGAACGUGUUCAAGGUGGAUCCGGAGUAUGAGGUCAACGAAACGAAGUAUAAAGAAAUCAGCAGGGAAAUUCUUGGCAGUGACGCAGAGGACGACGAGGAUGGCGAUAAGAGUGGCGACUCGUCGAGCGGCGAUAGCGAUGAUUCCGACGACGACGAAGCCGACAGUGACUCGGACGACGGGGAUAAUGCCAAACAGAAGCAGGAUACCAUCAUCGACAACACGGAAACCAAUCUGAUCGCUUUGCGACGAACCAUCUACCUGACGAUUCACUCCAGUCUCGAUUACGAGGAGUGCGCACACAAGCUGAUGAAGAUGGAGCUGAAGCCAGGACAGGAACAGGAGCUGUGCCACAUGUUCCUCGACUGCUGUGCCGAGCAACGGACGUACGAAAAGUUUUACGGUCUGCUGGCGCAAAGAUUCUGCAUGAUAAACAAGAUCUACAUCGCCCCGUUCGAGCAGAUCUUUCACGACACGUACACCACGACGCAUCGAUUGGAUACGAACAGGCUGCGCAAUGUGAGUAAAUUCUUCGCACACCUGCUGUUUACCGACUCCAUCGGCUGGGAUGUGCUGCAGUGCAUUCGUCUGAACGAAGAGGACACCACCAGCUCGAGCCGCAUAUUCAUCAAGAUUCUGUUCCAAGAGCUCGCCGAGUACAUGGGCCUGUUCAAGCUGAACGCUCGGCUGAAAGAUCCAACGCUGCAGGAACCAUUUUCGGGCCUGUUUCCAAGAGACAAUCCGAAAAAUACGCGCUUUGCGAUCAAUUACUUCACCUCGAUCGGGCUCGGUGGGCUGACGGAUGAGUUGCGCGAGUUUUUGAAGCACGCCCCGAAACCCGUCGUUCAGCCGCUGCCGGCACCGGUCGCGUCAAGCGGCUCGAGUGAUUCGGAUUCCAGCAGCUCGGAUUCCGAUUCCGAUAGCACAUCGUCGGACUCGUCCUCUUCUUCGUCCAGUGAUUCUGACUCGGAUAGCAGCAGCUCAGAAUCGGAAAAGGAAGCAAGCAAACGGAAAAGAAGGAAGAACAAGGAAAAGGAGAGUUUGUCCAAGAAAAAGAAGUCGGAAAAGCAGAAGCAAUCCGACAAAAAGACAAAACACAAACGGGAUGAUCGCGCAGAUAAGAAAGAAAAGCAUAGAAAGAGAGCGCAGGAGGAAGAGGAAGAGGAGGAAGAUAAUCGAAAAGAAAAGGGUUCAAGACGACAUGAAAAAUACACCGCCGGAAGAUAUCCUAACGAGCAUGAAGAUCGUCCCCAGCGGCGUCGAGAUGAGGAUACAGAUUAUGAUCGUAGUCGAGCGAAACACGCUCGGCAACACCGUGAAGAACCCCCCGAACAGGAUGUGUAUAAUCGUCGUGAGCGGGACCGUGAUCAAGAACGAGACCAACGUGGCCGUGAUCGUGGCCUUGACCGUGAACGUGACCGUGACCGUGAGCGUGAUCGUGGUCAAGACAGAGAGCGCGAGAGAGAACGCGAGCGCGACCGCGACCGCGACCGCGAACGCGUUCCGAACCGAAAUCGUGAGCAGUAUAAGGAUCAUGAUCGAGAGUAUGAUCGUCGUGAACGUGACCACCGCGAACGUCGACAAGAGCGUCGUUAAAACCGCACCCGGUUGUAUAAAUGCAUCCUAAUUAUGGUAUCCCGAAAUACAUUUUCUUUUCUUUUUCA